UAACUCAUCAACUAAACUCGCACAUUACAUUCCUUAAACCUUCUCAAAAUUUCUUUCUUUGUUUGAAAUUUAUUUUUGUCUCACUUGAGAACUUAGUAAUCUAACAACAUGCCUCUUCUCACUUUUAACGAUGAGUUUUCCUGCCCCGUAGCCCCUCAUAGGUUGUUCCAUGGAUUAUUCAUGGAUGCACACAAUUUGAUGCCUAAGAUCAUGCCGGUAGUCAAGAGCAUCGACUUUGUGUCAGGAGAUGGUGGACCAGGAAGCGUUCAACAAGUUAACUUCAUCGAUGGAUAUCAAAUGAAAUAUCUGAAGAACAGGUUGGAUUUCAAGGACAAAGAGAACUGCACAAUAAACUAUACCGCGGUUGAGUCCGAUUCCUUUGGUGACAUGAUCGAUUACAUUAGCAGCGAGGUUAAGUUCGAUGCAGCUCCUGGAGGUGGUUCAAAGUGUACCAUAAAAACAAUUGUUUGCCCAAAAGGAGAUGUUGUUCCUGACGAAGAAACACUCAAGGCAGGGAAAGAAGGACAUAUGCAACAAUACAAAGCUGUUAUAGCUCAUCUCAUUGAGAACCCUCACCUAUAUGCCUAGUUUGCGAUCCAUGAGCAUGUAUAUCACCCAGUCUACUAGUUAUCUUGUGUGCAUCUUAUGUGUGAAUGUCUGCGGUGUAGUGUGGCGUGGUGUGUCCUCACUAAGAUGAAAAAAAAAAUGUAAUGUGGUUACUCAUAUCCUUUUGAGUUGCAUAAUAAGCUGGGUAGGAUCCCAGAAAUCAGAUUUACAGAUUUAGUAAAUGUAACCGGGCAGUCGUGUAAAAUCUUGAUUUUCUAUGUUGUGAUUGUAAAGCUUAUGGGUGAUUAUUUUUUAUUUUUUUUUUUGGAAUUGUAAGAGUCCAAUAGUUGAAUUGUAGUAGUUGUACUGAUUUGGUAUCCU